AUGUGCAGCACCAGUGCGUAUGACCUGGAAGAAAUCCCCCUGGAUGAUGACGACUCAAACAGCAUAGAAUUCAAAAUCCUGGCCUUCUAUGCCAGACACCAUGUCUUCAGGAACAGCCCUGCUGACUUCUCGCCAGAGCUGCUGAGAACAAGCAGUUUGUCCCAGAAGGGGCUGAGGAGCUGGUCAGCAAAUGAUUCACAGCCACAGGUGUCAUGGCCUUGCAGAAACUCCCGGUCCAGCGAGAAGCCCAUACGCCUUCCCAGGAAAAAGCUGGCUUGGAAAACAUUCUUUAGAGGAGCGGAGGAGGGAGACGACUCGCAGAGUUCGUGUGUGGAGGCCUUUACUCAGGGUGGAAGGACGGUGGAAAGUCAGGGUCUUUCCAGUCAGAAGUGGUCCCGGUCCCUCUCUACCGGGGAGCAGCACUUGGAGCCUGAAGCUGUGGACCCCAAAGUUGUUUCCAUUGCCAACCGAGUUGCUGAAAUUGUGCAUUCUUGGCCACCACCAGAACAGUUCCACUUGCAGGGAGGAGGCAUCAAGGCCCAAGGGAACCGCAGACCCCAGGCUCUCUGCCUCCAGGACGAAGGCUCCCAGCCUAGCACUUCAAGUUCUAAGAAAGAUGGAGAAGAGCAAGUAAUAGCCAAAAUUGUGGAGCUGCUGAAAUCUUCAGGGGAUCAAAUGGAAAGAGAGUUGAAGAAAGGCAAAGCUCUGGUGAGCAGCUUCCCAGACGAGCUGUCCUACUCUGUCUGCAAGACCAUCAUAGACCAGUUCCUAAGGGGUGUGGACACCAGGGGAGAAUCUGAGAUCAAAGCUCAGGGCUUUAAGGCUGCCCUUGCAAUAGAUGUCAUAGCCAAGCUCACAGCUAUUGACAACCACCCAAUGAACAGGGUGCUGGGCUUUGGAGCCAAGUACCUGAAAGAGAACUUCUCACCUUGGGUCCAGCAGCAUGGUGGAUGGGAAAAAAUACUUGGGAUAUCACAUGAAGAAGUAGACUGA